AUGGUUCGACGACAUAACCAGAGAUUCGGCCUCCAGUGUCCCAGGACGGACGCAGCUGGUCACGGCCUGCAGCACCCGCACCUCGUAUCUACGGUCAUGCAGAACCUUAUCUGUUGUAUGUCCGACGAUAGCCCACAGGCCUUGUUGCAGGUCUGCGCGAAGUUGACUACCAUUCGCAUGGGGACAGCUUGCAGCGGCACGGACAUUGUUGUUGUGGCCGCCAAGAGAUUGGUGGCGACCUUGAAGGAACUCUUUGGAUUACCUGAUGCUUUCAACGUCGAGCAUGUUUGGAGCUGCGAAGUAGACCCGUUCAAAGAACAAUUCAUUCGACAGAAUUGCGCCCCACGAGCUUUCUUCCGGGAUGUGACCCAGCUGAACUCAUCGACAGCCUUCAACGUGAUGACGGGGCGUGAGGAGGAGAUCCCACCAGUGGACCUCUUCGUGUGCGGCUUUUCCUGCAAAGACGUUUCGGCCAUGAAGUCCAGGAGCGCGGCGAAGGGGGCCCUCGCAGGCAUAUCAACGACUUUGGCUUCAGGCUCUGGCACGAGUUCUAACACCUUGUUCGGUGUCUUGGCCUACCUGCAGGCCCACAAGCCCAAAUGCGCCCUGCUCGAGAAUGUCACCGGGAUACUUCGCACAGAUGACUACGACGGACGUUUCGUCGACGACGCAUCCAAAGUGACUCAGAAGAACAAGCCAUUUCUUCAGAAAUCUUUCUCGGACGUGGGCUACUCGUUGCAUUUUCAAAUCAUCAACGCCGCGGACACUGGGAUGCCUCAGUCGAGGCGGCGAGUAUACAUGAUCGCAUUCCUUCGUGGCGACAGUGACGCCCGCACACAGCUACUCCACAAACAUAUCGAUUCUUUUUACGCGGCUUCUGGAGAGCCACCAGCACUUGACCUCGAAGACUUCUUGCUCUCAGAGGAUGGCUGCGAGUACUGGUACGAACGCGAGCCCGCUGGGAAAUGUCACGAGGCAGAAGGUCGCGUCCACGGCAAUUGGUCCCACCUCCACUCGACGAUGUUCAAGGAGAAGGGCUUGGACUGGCCACCGACAGAAGAAGCUUUGAAGAUGGCCUGUGGAAGGGCCUGGCACUCGACUUACAAGCAGUUCAGGCCGUCCAUCCGCGAGGCCGAGAUCAUCUACUACUGGAACAUGAGUUCGAAGACCGGCAUCGGCAGCGUGGCGCGAGCCCUCAUGGCCGCCCUUUCCGCGUGGGAAGUGUCGGAAUGGGGCGGCGUGGGCGCCGCGUCGACGAUCGCUGUUCCGAGAGUGGAGACCAUCGCGCUUUGCACUGUCACUCCUAUGUCACUUUCGCUUGCCAUGAUGAGCUUGGAUAACUUGUCGGACGCGUCGAGUAUCAGCGCCGACAGACCUCAUCGUUUCAGUGGCUCCCUCGAGGACUUGGCGAGUCUCCCAGCCAACGAGAAACAGUCGCUGCGCGUGUACCACCUGUCCAAGGGGGGCAAGCAGCGCCAGUUCAAGCUUAAGUUACUUGGUACAACCCCUCAGGGCGGUGGAGUACGCUGCGAGCUCUGCAAAGCCAUGAGCGGGAGCGAGGACCCCCUGUGCCCGGGCUACGAGCGCGAGUGGGCGUACUACAAGAAGAAUGGGGACAUCGAGGGGGUGGUGUGUUUCUAUUCGGCGCUGACGCACAGGAGCCGCUUCAAGGCGUGGACCAGGGAGGAGCUGACUAGGGAUCUGAACACCGGCGGGGAUGAGGCGCAGGACGAGUUCAACGAGCUCGAGAUGCUCGUGAUUGCCCAGAAGCGCAAAUGCAACCUCGAGCUCGACUUGCAGAGCAUCCCCGUGCCGAAACUCAUCGUCAAGACGUACUCCAAGCAGGAGGUGGCCUUCAAGAGGCCGAAGAUGAACCUGGUGACCGAGGAGGCCUUCAAGAAGCGUUCCAAGAUGACUUUCAAAGAGGCGGGCUUGCUGAAGUUGGUCGAGAGUCACGAGGUCGAGCCCGGCGUCUUCAAGAGGGGGAUCCUGGAGACGGUCGGCGAGGAGGGCGUCUACGAGAUGGAGCACGUUUUCACCAGGGGCGCCCAGAAAGACCACGUGGUGGACGAUGGGUAUCUUUCUCAGUGUUACGGGUCGGAGAUGUGGGAUUUCUGA